GGACACCUAGUGGUUAAAGCACGCAUGUGUAACUUUAACAUAAAGAGACUGUACCACCCCCAGUCUUUGCUGCAGCGCUUUGAGGAGACGCUGGCUGAAGCAAACCAGGAGGACUCUGAUGCUGACUAUGAAGACACCAACCAGCAGCCUGACAACAGCCAGGCCCCCAGGGGAUGGAACCUGGACCAGGAGGGGCCCCAACAACCUUUGACAUCAGAGAGAUCCCAAGUGCCAGCGGAGGGCCCAAGCAGGGGCCAGAGUGUGCGGAGCCGUCUGCUGGACCUGCUGAUCGGCUCCAGGAAGCGGUCCUCGAGCUGCUUCGGAGCCAGGAUGGACCGGAUAGGAAACGCCAGCGGUCUGGGCUGCAACAACGGAAGAG